AUGGAUUCAAUUCGAUUUAAGAAAGAAAUUCAAGAUAUCAAAGACUAUGCAAAUAAAAAUAAUGUUCCUGAAGAGCAGGUUCAUAAAGUAUUUAAAGAGUGUUUUCAUUUAUUGAAGGUUAAAACUUCAACAAGAAUAACAAUUGCUCUAAAAUUAUUAAAAUUUUGUAGUAUAAUUUUAUUAAUUAUAAUUUCAAGUGUUUUUGUAUUAUACAACCAUCCAAAAACGCACAAUAUACUUUUAAGAAAUUUACAAAAUUUUAUAUAUCCAGGCUUAAGAAUUUUCAGAAAACUUGCAGUACCUAUUAUAUCGGCAUAUCCAUCAUUAACAGGUUGGUACGAUGAAUGGUGUCUCGUUGAAAAUCCAUAUUUUCAAGUAAAUGAAAUGGAUUGUUGGCCUUGUAGUUCAGUAAAUACAGUACAAGAUUUAACAAAUUAUAAUAUAACUCCAGGAUUUAAUACUGCUAUACCAUUUACAAGGCUUGAAAAAACUGAAAUAAUUGAUUUAAACAAAUUGUUUGAAACUUAUAUAAAACACCAACAUCUUUUCAAUAAGCAAGCCGAACAAGUAAUAUCAAAUCAACCAUAUUAUAGGACAAUACAUGAUGUAAUGAACGAAAAAUUUAGUACAUUUUCUAAAGGAAAUACACAUAUUGAAUGGAAAGUUAAUCGUAUGGAACCUGGCAGAAAAUUACGAAAAUUGUUUCCUAAACUUCCUGGAAUACCAGAUUGGUGGAGUCCAAGUACAGAUAAAUUUAUUUUGAUCGAUGAACCAAAAGCUACAACUUAUAAUUUGCCAAAUCCAGAAUGUGCUAAUAUAAUAAUACAAUGUACAAAUGGAGAAAGAAUAAUACAAUUAAAUCCAAGUCCAGAAUGUACUAAAAAUUGCCAAAACAUAAGUAUUCUAUUAACAGCUCAUCAAAGUUUGUGGUACAAUUGGUGGUACUGGCGUCCAAUAAGUCUUCCUUCACACAAUACCACGAAAAUAACAAUGAUGUAUCUUACGUCAUUUUGCUAAUCAAUCUUAUUUAAAUGAUUAAAACAACAAAUACUAAUAAUGUAUAUAAUUAUAA